AUGUGUCUACGGAUUGCAAAUAAAACAUUAGUACAAUUGGGUAUGACCGCACCAAAUCGUGACAUGCAUAAUCUGUUUGAUCGUGAAUUGCAACGUGAGCAGGAAUUCAAUUCUAAUGAUUUGCGUUUAUUUGUACAAUCGAAUGUAACCAAAAUGAAUAUUCAGCAAAAACAUGUAUAUGACACAAUCAUGCAAGCUAUUUCCAAUAAUGCAGGUGGGUUAUAUUUCUUGGAUGCACCUGGUGGCACAGGCAAAACGUUCGUUAUAUCACUGAUUUUAGCCACUAUUCGAUCGGAACAGAAAGUUGCAUUGGCACUUGCAUCUUCGGGAAUUGCUGCUACAUUAUUAGAAGGUGGUCGGGGAUUUUCUGUCAGUUGA